AUGAAUCCUUUUUAUUUUAUUCUUUGUUUUAUUACGCUAGUAAGCAGCGUUGCAGUAAAUCCGGCUCACCAUGAGAAUAAUCUUGAGGCGAGAACCAGCAGUGGGAGGGGCUCGACAGCUCAGGACGCGACACUUGGAAUUCCUCCACCCCUUAACGUCGAUCCAAAAAGAGUGCAGGUUUGGAUACGCCUCGACAAGACCAUUCCGACAGAAGACUUUUACAAAAAUGAUCAGGGCUUUACGCACACUGCAUUGAAGAACCUUAUCAGAGAAGCAGGCGGCCAGCAUACCGAUGUAGUUGUUGGUAACAAGGACAAAUGGAUCGAAUAUGGGAUGUUUUUCGAAAGAGGACCAUGGGCGGAUUCUGCUGAAAGCGCCUUGGGUUACCCCACAAGAGUUAGAGUUUACGACCUGAAACCCAAACAAAACGUUAAAUGGACUUACGUGGGAUUGCUUGAUGCUAGCAUCAAAUCGCCAGUUGAUCCUAUCUUGUUGGAAGAAGCCAGGAAGCUGGGAGGACACAGUUAUUCAACCGAAACUUGGAAUUGCUCAGUCAAUGCUAUGAGUCGGGCGGUCAUGCAGCCCCUUUUCAGCCUCUUAGGUCAUCCCUCCGGUGGCAGAAUCAGUAAUGCUGCUGGAACAACAGUGACCUUUCCGCAGAUUGGAUCCCCGGUUCGAUAG